CUCUCAUGAGAGCCUGAGGCUGGCAGAGGGCUCUCUGCUGUCCCCUCCACUCCUACACCCACUCAUCUUCCCGCAGGAGUGGAUUAACAGGUUGAGAGCACCAGGAGCUGUGAACCCCAACCCAGACCCUAGGCCCCUGAGGCUUAUGAGACAUCACGAAGGCCAGGAGGUUGCUGGGAUGGGAAGCAUCAGAACUAGGUUGCUGUGGUCAUGUCUCCUGAUGCUGUUGGCCCUGCUUCACAAGUCAGGAAGUCAAGAUCUCACCUGCAUGGUUUACCCGAGCAGGGUAGACUGGACUCAGACAUUUAAUGGCACCUGCCUCAAUUUCAGUGGCCUUGGCCUGUCCCUGCCAAGGAGCCCCUUGCAGGCCAGCCAUGCUCAAGUCCUGGACCUGUCUAAGAAUGGACUGCAGGUGCUCCCUGGGGCUUUCUUCGACAAGCUGGAAAAGCUGCAAACCCUGAUUGUCACCCACAACCAGCUGGACAGUGUGGACAGGUCCCUGGCCUUGCGCUGUGACCUGGAGCUCAGGGCAGACUGCAGCUGUGGGCUGGCCUCCUGGUACGCUCUCCGCCAGAACUGCUCCGGGCAGCAGCAGCUACUGUGUCUACACCCAGCCACCGAAGCUCCAAGGAACCUCUCCACCUUCCUUCAGGUCAGCUGUCCCCCCAGCUGGGGCCCAGGAACCAUUGGAGCCCUUGUUGCUGGGACUAUCUCCCUGGCUGUGGCUGUCAGUGGAUCUGUGCUGGCCUGGAGACUUCUUCGCCGCCGCCGAACCAGUGAGCACAGCCUCAGCAAAGCCCAGAUGUCCCCACACGAUAUCCCCAAUCAAGUGACAGAUUUCCUGCCAAGGUACAGCAGCCGGCGACCUGGCCCCAGGGCCCCAGACUCACCACCCAGCAGGUUCACAAUGGAUUAUGAGAAUGUCUUUAUUGGCCAGCCGCCCGAGGACUGUUCAUGGUCUGCAGCCAGAAACAGCCCUUCUGGGGACAGUGAUUGCUACAUGAACUACAGGAGUGUCGACCAGGACCAGGACCAGGACCCUCAGCCCGUCUAUUGCAACCUGGAGUCCCUGGGGCGAUGAGGAGAGUGUGGUCUCCUGGCGCUGAACCAGCCUCCCACAGCCCCCAGGAUCCAGCACGCUCAAUAUCACAGGGGGUACGAGGACACGCCCCCCACCAAAGAGGAUCAGAAACAACCUCUGGUCAGUGUGCAUGCAUGUGGUGCUCAAUAAAAGAUCUGGGCCACGUGGAGCAGCUGACUCUGCGCAGGACUGACCGGUGGUUUCCCGAGAGUCCGAACUCCAUCUGAAUUCUCUGUUCUGCACUCUCUGUCUCCUCUGCCUGCCUGACACCCACCGGCUGUCGAGACUCCAUACAGGGCCUGUGGGCCCUCACUCUGGAGGCUUCCCACGGAGAUCUCUGGCCCAGCCAGAUGUGAGGGUUCAGGCAAAAGGGAGAGAACCGGAGCAGGGAGGGGGAGUCGCCUCUGCUGCUGCAGCUGCCUCCACCUCGGUCCCUGCCGCUGUCCCUUCUG